AUGAAGUUCUUCUCAACCGCCGCCGUUGCCUUGGCAUCGCUCUCUGCCACCGUCAUGGCAAGCAGAUAUCCUUAUGAGAGACUUGACAAGGACAAGGCUGUCCUUCUCGUUGUCGACCUGCAAGUCGGCCUGUACAAUGCUGUCCGCGACUUUGAUCCGGUCACCUACAAGGAGAGCAUCAUUGCGCACGCCGCCAUCGGAAAGCUGUUCGAUCUCCCCGUCAUCUUGACCACUUCUGCCGAGCAGGGCCCGAACGGCCCUCUGCCCAAGGAGAUUACUGAGAUGUACCCCAACUCCACCUUCAUCAAGCGUCAGGGUGAAGUUGAUGCCUGGGACAACCCCGACUUCCAGGCCGCCGUCAAGGCCACCAACAAGACCCAAAUUAUCAUGGCCGGCAUCGUCACGGAUGUGUGCACCACUCACCUUGCCCUGUCUCUCCGAGAUGCGGGUUACUCCGUCUGGGCGAAUGCCGAAGCCUCCGGCACCUCGUCCACCUUUGUCCGCGAAAUCGCCAACGACCGCAUGAGGCACGCCGGUGUCCAGAUUGUUAGCCUCUUCUCCAUUGUCUGCGAUCUGAUGAGGGACUGGCGAAACGUGCCCGGUGCCGCUGAGGUGCUUCCCUACCUUGACCAGUACUUCCCUGUCUAUGGCAUGGUUGCUCGCGCUCACGCAGCUGCCAAGACCGACGGUGUUAUCCAGCCUGGCGAGGCUGGCCUCAUCUAA